AUGGCCUUAAUCACAAGCAAUUCAAGUGGAUUUGUUAAGAGUGUAUGUGGUGAGGAUUCAUGGGUAUCAGUUAAGAUUAAUGGAGCUUCUUCUUCUUCUUUCAAGAGGAAGAAAACCUUUGUAGCGUGUUAUGAUUAUGGAGGAAAAAAGAUUUCCCAAAAUGCCCCUGAAAAGUUGCAACCUUUGUGGGAUGAUGGUUAUGGUAGAAAUAGAAAAACCAUGGAUUUGAUUAAGAAUGAUGGAGGGCCACCUAGGUGGUUUUGUCCUGUUGCUUGUGGAAUGCCUCUAAAAGAUUCACCUGUUCUUUUGUAUUUACCUGGAAUUGAAGGGACUGGAACUGGCCUUGUGUUACAUGAGAAAUCUCUUGGAAAGGUUUUUCAUGUUCAAUGCUUGCAUAUUCCUUUUCAUGAUCGAACGCCAUUUGAAGGUUUGAUUAAAAUUGUGGAAGAAAGUGUGAAGAUUGAGCAUAAUUUGUCCCCAAAUAAGCCGAUUUAUUUGCUUGGAGAAUCUUUUGGAGGAACAUUAGCACUUGGAGUUGCAGCUCGUAAUCCUACAAUUGACUUAAUACUCAUUCUAGCAAACCCAGGCGAUUCUGAUUGGAAUUCACUGGAUGUGAGACAAAGUAAUUAG